AUGAACAAAGAGAACACAGAAAAAUUAAUAAAAAUUAUAAAUUUGUUAGACAAAUUAUGUGAAUGUAAUGAAGGAAAAAAUGAAGGUUGUAAAAGAUUGAGACCCUUUGUGUCAAAUGACAUAUCAAAAACCUUUAAUAGCUUAGAAUCUAAUAGAUCAUUAUUUCCAUUCAGUUGUGAACAAAAUCCUUUAAAUUCAAAUACUAAUAAAAUAAUUAAUGAAAUAAAAAUAUCAAAGACUUUGUUUUUCUCCAAUAAAUCACACUCAAAUGAAAAAAAUAAAUUAUCAUAUAAAAAACUUAUAAGCGUUUGUAAAGAUGAUAAUAAUAAUAAUGUCGAUACAGAUAUUAUUGAUAGGGAAAAAUCGGAAAUAGGAAAUAAUUCUGUAAACGACACAAAAAAUUAUAUGGAAUAUGUAGAAAAUGGAAAGACACCUAUCAAUAUAAAGCAAAAUAAUGAUCUACAUAACAAAUCUAGUUAUGAUUCAAAAUUGAAUAGUAAUAGCAAUAAAAGAAUAAUAGAUAUGAAGAGUAAUUAUGUUUUAGGAGAUGAUAGUAAUUAUGAUAAGAAUAUUUCAAUAUAUUCAUCUUCGAAUUGCAUGUCUCCCAUUUAUAAAUGGCAUACGUAUAAUUUGAUAUCUAAAAAAAAGGCAUUCAAUAUUCUAAAAGGGAAUUUAAGCGAUUCAGAAUUGAUAGUAUUUAAUAAUUCUAAUGAAAACAAAAAAAGUAUUAUGAAAAUGAUUAAACACAAAAAAAAAAUCGUGAAAUAUACCGAUAAAAUAUUAAAUGAAGACUCUUUAGAAAGUUCAGGGCAAAUAUUUCACUUGAGAAAAUAUAAUCACAGUUCGCUUAGCAUUGGCCAAGAUUAUGAUAUCGAUCAAAAACACACACAACAAAUGUUAGAAAAUAUUAUACAUAAAUUGAAUACCAAUAUAAAUGGUAUAAUAAACAAAUAUAAAAGCAAGAUAAACAUGUUGAAUCGAUCUAAUGCUAAUUUAAGCCGCAAACUCGAAGAUGCUGUUGAACAUAACGAUGAUCAAGUUCAAGAAAUUAGAGAUCUAAAUAAAAUAAUAACCAAAAUGAAAGGAGAAAAAAUCGAAAUGAAUAAAAUUAUCGAAGGAUACGAAUUCGAUAUGAAUAAAUCAAAGAAAUUAAUAAAAGAGGAAGAAAGCAAUGAAAAACAAAAAAAUAUAUUGGAAAGAGAAAUUAAAAAUUUGAAAAAAGAAUUGAAUAUUGUGAAUUCGUUAAAUGAUAAAAUAAAGGAUGAACAACUACUUUUGCAAGAAAAAAUUCAAGAAAAAAAUAAAAAAAUUAAUACCACUAAACAUAAAAUAAGAGCAAGUAAUGCUUCUGUUGUAGAGAAAAAUGAUAUACUCCUACCACUAGAACCAAAAGACAAGGAAUGUAAAUCUUAUAAAGUUCAAAAUGAAAAUCAAAAAAAGAUUCAGUUUAAAAUAAAAAAGGAUACAAUUAAUAGAUACCGAAGUGAUACAAUUUUAGACAACUAUUUGAGGGUAAAAAAUAAAUUACUAGAAAGUAAUGAAAAAUGUUAUUUUUUAUCAAAAACAAAUUUUGAAUUAUUUAAAGGAUUAAAAAAAAAAAAAAAAAAAAUAGAUUCAUUAAAUAAGAAAAUUUCAUAUCUCAAGCAUUUUGCAUCGGAAAUGAAAAAAAUAGAAACCCCAUAUUUACAUCUGACGAAGGAGGAACCUAUUAGUAGUAUCAUCAAAAGGAAAGUUGGUUAUCUUUCUCCAUCUAAAUACGAGCCCAUUGUAAAAAUAUCCAGAAAAAGAAAAUCAUUAGUGCAAUUAUAUAAUACAAAUCAAUCCUUUGAAGUGGAUAGUAAUCGAGACAAAAAAGUUGAAGGGAUAAAAAAACUUUUAAAAAAUUUAAAUAAUGAAAAUAAUUUAUUAAAAAAUAAGUAUGAAAUGCUAUAUAAAAAAUAUAUUAAAUUAUUAAAGAAGUUAAGAGAAAAUAAAGAAUUUACAUUUAUAGAAGAAAAAAAGAUAAAAAUGACGAAAGAAAUAUUUCCCGAAUCUGAUGUAAUUCAUUAUUUUUAUUUGAAUCCAAAAGAUACCGAUAUUCGAAAAAAACAUCCUCAAGACAACAAAAUAGCGAGCUGUAUAAAAGUAAAGGCUGUAGAUAUAACUAAAAAUAACCCUCUUCAAUAUAGAAAUUAUAAAGAUAAUGAAAAUUACAGUGAUGUGGAAUUUUACAUCGCAAAUGAAUUUUUAAAGAGAAUGGACGUAAAGGAUAUAUUAAACAUAAGAUACAUUUACUCCUAUGGGGAUAUAAAUAGGGGAACGACUGCAUUUAGCGAAAAAGGUUGCACACCAAACUAUUACAACUGUGUAUGGUAA